AUGGACAAAGGACAUGUCAACCAAGAAUGCAGUGCAGUCGAAGAUAUUCAUGUUGAAAGCCAACAAAAUCUUGUGCUAGAAAAAGAUACUGUGCCUGCUUCAGAUAGAACACAAGAGAUCAUUGAAGUUGAGGCACGAAAAGAGGGCAGAGUAGAACUUACCAUCUACAAGAAUUAUGCCACAUUUUCUGGUUGGUUCAUUUCAGUUGUAAUAUGCCUGUCAGCAAUCCUAAUGCAAGCUUCUCGUAAUGGGAAUGAUCUGUGGCUGUCAAAUUGGGUUGAUGCAACAAGAAGCAGUCGGAAAGAAUAUUCCACAUCCUUUUAUCUGGUUACCAAGAGUCCUGAUUCUCUCAAUGGUAGAAGCCUUCAGAAAGCCCAAAAAUUGCAGAUUUUUACAAGAGGAAGAUUUGGUUUGAAUCAGGGCUGUGAUCCGGUUUUCGGAUUUGGUUGUAGGGUUGUUAUACUCUGCAUCUUUUGCAUUGUAAAUUCAAUUCUUACAUUAGUGAGGGCUUUCUCAUUUGCAUUUGGUGGCUUACGAGCUGCUGUUAAGGUGCAUGAUACACUGCUGAAAAGGCUUAUCAAUGCACCAGUACAAUUCUUUGAUCAGACACCUGGCGGAAGAAUACUAAACAGGUUUUCUUCAGAUCUAUAUACAAUUGAUGAUUCUCUCCCCUUCAUUCUUAACAUUCUCCUAGCCAAUUUUGUUGGCCUGCUAGGAAUUGCAAUAGUUUUGUCAUACGUACAGGUCUUCUUCUUGCUUUUGCUAUUGCCAUUCUGGUAUAUCUACAGCAAACUUCAGUUCUUCUACAGAUCAACAUCUCGGGAAUUGCGAAGGCUGGACAGUGUUUCUCGAUCACCCAUCUAUACAUCCUUCACAGAGACACUUGAUGGCUCAUCAACUAUUCGAGCAUUCAAGUCUGAGGACCUCUUUUUCGCCAGAUUCACUGACCAGGUCAAAUUGUAUCAACAAACUUCUUACACAGAGUUAACAGCAAGUUUGUGGCUUUCCCUGCGUCUUCAGUUGUUAGCAGCGUUUAUCAUCUCAUUUGUUGCUGUCAUGGCUGUUAUUGGAUCUCAUGGCAGUUUACCAAUCAAUUUUAGUACUCCAGGGUUGGUAGGAUUGGCUCUGUCUUAUGCAGCUCCAGUUGUGUCUUUACUGGGAAGCUUUUUGACAAGUUUCACUGAAACGGAGAAGGAAAUGGUUUCUGUUGAAAGAGCUCUUGAGUAUAUGGACGUUCCACAAGAAGAACUGCAUGGAUCCCAAUCCUUACAUCCCAGUUGGCCCCAUCAAGGACAGAUUGAAUUCCAGAAUGUGACCUUGAGAUAUAAGCCAUCUUUACCAGCUGCACUCCGUGAUAUUAGUUUUACUAUCGAGGGAGGGAUGCAGGUCGGAUUUAUUGGAAGGACAGGAGCUGGAAAGUCUAGUGUCUUGAAUGCCCUUUUCCGCCUCACACCAAUCUGUAAAGGAUGUAUUCUUGUGGAUAGCAUAAACAUAGCUAGUGCACCUAUCAGAGAUCUUCGUGGACAUUUCUCUGUUGUUCCUCAGACUCCUUUUUUAUUUGAAGGAUCAUUAAGGGACAAUCUAGAUCCAUUCCGGCUGAGUGAUGACUUAAAAAUUUGGAAGGCUUUGGAGAGAUGCCAUGUCAAAGAGGAAGUAGAAGCAGCAGGAGGGCUAGAUAUUCACCUGAAAGAAUCAGGGAUGUCAUUUUCUGUUGGGCAACGACAGCUUCUUUGCCUUGCACGUGCACUUCUGAAGUCUUCAAAGAUAAAGACUGAUCAUAUUGAAAACCUUCAGGUCCUGUGUUUGGAUGAAUGCACGGCUAAUGUUGAUACGCAAACAGCAUCAAUAAUACAAAAAACUAUAUCUAGUGAUUGCAGAGGGAUGACAGUUAUCACAAUUGCUCACCGUAUUUCCACAGUCUUAAAUAUGGACAGUGUCUUGGUCCUUGACCAUGGUAUCCUGGUUGAACAAGGAAAUCCGCAGGCUCUCCUAGAAAAUGAGUCCUCCAGAUUUUCAAGUUUUGCUAAAGCUUCUACAAUGUGA